ACUUAAGAGAGUUUAUUUUUGUGUUUCUUUGCCUCCCCUAGCUUUUCCCAUUCACUUUCUAGUGCUCAACAACUGCGGCACCAAAGUUUGUGGUAAGAUAGGAGGCGAUCUCAGGCAAGAAUCCAGCCUCGAGGAGCCGCCUUAAGAAAAAGUGACUAAGCCGAGCCGGCCAGUUGGGCGGGGAAUGAUAAGAGAUGGGGGUGCGGUUGCGUGUAGGGAUUCCCCAGGCGCACGUGAGAGCUCCAAGGAGGGGGCGGGGCUUAGGGCUUUCGCAGCGAAGGAAGGAAGGUUCCACCGAGGGUCGGAUCAGGUGUCGCGACCCGUUUGUGCCUGCGCGUGCGCAAUGCGAACCUUCCUCUGCACAGCUUUCUGCUCCAACAUGGAAUUCCGUUCCGCGCGGCAAGCGAUACUGCAACUGCUCCGUACCGUGGCUCCGACAGACCUCCCAGUGCUGCUCGAGUGGAUGCGAACCACCCGAGAUUUUGACGAGUUCACUCAUGAUAAUGAUGACGCUAUAUUGAAAAACAUAGCAGAAGAUCUUCGGAAUUGCUUACCGCUAGAAACCAUGCUAUCCUCAGAACAUCUAGCCCUUCAAAAAAUACAGCAGCGGCCAGAACCCACAAUUCAAGUUGAUGCAUUCCUUUAUGAUGAAGACUUUAUUGAUUCAUUAUGUGAGGAAGGAAAAAUGAGCAGAAACUACUGUAUGGUGUGCGGCUCACACCAGACGGCACCUUUAGGCUUUGUUUCUCAUUCCUUCUCUCUCAUGGAGUUGAAGUUCAUUUAUCACCAUGUACUCCCUGAUCUGUCGGGAAAGGUCCUGGUUGACGUUGGCUCCAGGCUUGGCACAGUCCUUUAUGGGGGUUAUCUUUACAGUUCAGCAUUGCAAUUAUAUGGAGUAGAAUUGAAUGGAGAGUUUUGCCAGUUGCAGGAAAUGAUUAUAAAAAAAUACCAGUUCACUGACAGAAUAAAGGUGCUUCAUGCAGACAUCUGUACCCAAGGUUCACUUCUGCAAAAUGCUGACAUUGUUAUAAUGAAUAAUGUCUUCGAAUAUUUUCUUGAUGAGACAGAACAGGCCAGAGCCUGGGAAUACAUCAGCCAUAAUGUAAGGAAACAAGGAUCGUUAUUGGUGACAGUACCAAGUCUUGAAGAGUCUUUCUCAGGUCUUCAGGUCAAUAUACAGUUAUCUCCCUGGGUUGAACAGAUACCACUGAACUAUGAUAUAUACCCAGAAAAGGAUAUUGACAGGGAAGCUCUUGAACAAAUACAUUUAUAUAAGAUUCUCUAGCACUAAAAUAGUCCUACCUCAGUGUUAUGUUUUGUUGAAUAUAUUACAAAAUAAUGAAGAAGAAAAAAAACACAACCCCAGUAUUCAAACAUAUUUUUUCUGUAUAUUCCUUUCUAGCCUUUCUACAUGUUUACAUAUUUAUAAAUAGUUGCAUAUGUGUAUAUCCAUAGUUGUAUAUACAACUUUGAUUUGUGUGAUAAUUUAAU